GAAAAUUGCCUUUUCGUGCUAUUUUGGCCAGGCUAAAAGAAAUAUUUAUACAUUUGGCCUUUUAAUAAAUUCUUCGCAUGCGAUUCUUAAAUCCAUAAAGCAUAAAUACUCAUAAGAUGGUAAAAAUGCCUGGAAAAGUCGAUCAAGUGACUACAGAGCUUGCAGAUAUCAAAACACGGUUGUCUGAACUUGAAGAGGAAUACCAAGAUGGUGAUGUCACAGAGAAAGGUUAUUGGAAGCGCAAAUGUGGCCUCAUAACCGAUGUUCUAUCCAAUGAAGAUCAAGCUGAUAUGAAAGCUAUAAAGGACAGUUUUGUAGAAGGAGAUAUUACAGAGAAAGGGUAUUAUGCAAAGCUUGGCAAGCUUAUUCAAAAGGUUUUGGCAUAUGUACCAGCUGAGAAGGUGAUUAAAGAGGAAGAAGACAAGAAUGGUGAUGAAGCUAAUGGUGUUGAAAAAAAUGGUGGUCUAGUUGGUGAACCAAAUGAAAAUGGAACCAUUAAGGAUGUUGAGGUCAAAGAAGAGGUCAAGGCUAAUGGUGAGGAUAACAAUGAUGGGGAAGAAAGAGAGCAACAGGAAGAUGUUAAAGAAGAGAUGGAAACUGAUGAAGGGGAAAGUCCCAAGUCCAAAAAGAACAAAAGAGUAAAGAAAACAGAGGAAGAGAAAGAAGAAACUCCUGCCAAGAAAGGCAAAGGUGGGCGCAAGUCGAUCAAGUCACCUAGCAACCAGCCAAGCAUCAUGUCCAUGUUUAGUAAAGCACCAGCUAAGAGGAAAGUUGAAGAUAAAUCUGAAUCUGAAAAGUCUCAAGAUGAAGAUUCAGAAAAACAAGAAGAGAAGCGAAUCAAAACGUCAGAUGAGAGUGAGAAUGAAACUCAAAGAGAGUUAAGGGAACGCCCAGAGAAGGCUGAACAGGAUGUUGUGAAGCCAAAAAUCGUAAAGAAUGCUGACCCACCAAUGAGAUGCAACCAGUGCAGACAGAUGUUGGACGACCCUGAUCUCAAACUGUUUCCAGGCGAUCCUGCAGAUGCUGUGGAGGAGUUUAUAAUGCUAACCGAUCCUAAGUUAUCCAUAUUCACUGGGGAGGAAGAUAACAUGGAUACAUAUGAUGAAAGACCACAGCACAAACUCACUGAUUUCAGUAUUUAUGACAAGAAUACACAUCUGUGUCCGUUUGACACUGGGCUUAUAGAGAAAAACAAAGAACUGUUCUUCAGUGGUGUUGUAAAACCAAUAUAUGAUGAGAACUCAGGACCAGAUGGUGGCGUCCUCACUAAGCAGAUGGGGCCAAUCAAUGAGUGGUGGACAGCUGGGUUUGAUGGUGGAGAGAAUGCUCUGAUUGGUUUCUCAACAGCAUUUGCCGACUAUAUUUUAAUGAAAGCCAGUGAAGUGUAUGCUCCUUUCAUGCAGGUUAUGUCAGAGAAGAUCUUCCUCAGCAAGAUGGUCAUUGAGUUCCUGAAUGAUGAUCCGAUUGCAACCUAUGAGGACUUACUCAACAAAGUACAGACAUCUGUUCCACCAGAGGGCUGCCAAAGUUUAACCGAAGACUCACUUUUACGUCACUCCCAGUUCAUCGUAGAUCAGGUUGAGAGUUAUGACGACAAUGCUGACCAAGAUGAGAGUUUGUUGAUCACUACACCUUGUAUGAGAGGCCUAAUCAAACUGGCUGGGGUCACACUAGGAAAGAGACGCCAGUUAAGAAAACAAGUGACAAAAGGACGGGAAAAGAAGCCUACAAUGAGUCAAAGCAAGGCAGUCACGACAACACUUGUCAGCAGAAUCUUUGAGAGUAUAUUUAAGGAACAGAUUGUUGAUUCUGAUAAAACACAGGGACCCCGGAGACGUCGCUGCGGUGUAUGUGAGGUCUGUCAACAGGGAGAUUGUGGCAAAUGUAAAGCUUGCAAAGACAUGACUAAGUUUGGUGGAUCUGGGAAGUCAAAGCAGUGUUGUAUAAACAGAAGAUGCCCAAAUAUGGCAGUUAAAGAGGCGGAUGAGGAUGAACCAGAAGAAGAAAUUGAAGAUGAUGUUAUAUCAGUCAAGAGUGAAAAAAGUGAACCUUUGACUCCAACAAAGAAACAACAUAAGGGAAAAACACAAAAGAAUAAAAUCAGUUGGGAUGGAGAACCAACAACUGUUGAUGGUGCCAGGAAAUAUUACUCUGCAGUUACUAUUAAUGGGGAAUUAAUAAAACAAGGGGAUUGCGUCUCUGUGAAACCUGUCGAUCCAGCCACGCCUCUCUAUAUCGCCAAGAUCUCCUACAUGUUUGAGGAGCGUGGGGCGAAGGAGUUCCACGCACAGUUCUAUACACGAGGAACUGAGACUAUUUUAGGGGAGACAUCAGACCCAUUGGAAGUGUUUGUGGCAGAUGACUGUGAAGACUAUGACCUUUCAUGUGUAGUCUCAAAGGUCAAGGUUAUAGAGAAAGUAGUUCCGGAUGAUUGGUUUAUGCGAGGUGGGAAUGAGGACAUAGAAAAUGAUCAUGUUGUCAAAGAGGAUGAUGGGAAGACAUAUUUCUAUCAGAAAUGGUAUGAUCCCGAGAUGGCUCGAUUUGAAGAUGUUCCUAAGGUUCCAGAGCCCACAGAGAAUGUUCAUAAAUUCUGCACUGCUUGUGUACGCAUAGAGAUGACACGGAAGCUGGAGACACCUGCCCUCGGGGAAAAAAUUGAAGGAGAUUCAGAAUCGAACAAAGUAUUUUAUACCCACGUGAAGCGAGAUGGCCAGAUGUAUAAGGUUGGGGACAGUGUAUAUCUACCUCCGGAGAGCUUCAAUUUUAACGUGAAGCCUGCUCCACCACCCAAGACAAAAACCUCCAGCAAAAAGGAUUUGGAUGAUGUUACCUAUCCAGAGCUGUACCGAAAGGGUGAUUAUGUCAAAGGUUCAAACAUGAGUUGUUACGAGCCAUUCAGGAUCGCCAGAAUUAAAGCCAUCUUUUGUAAAAAGACUGGGAAGUUGACCAAUGAACAUGAUAUAAGGUUAACAGUCACCAAGUUCUACAGACCUGAGAAUACUCACAAAGGUGUCUCAGCCAGUUAUCAGUCAGACCUAAACAAGCUUUACUGGAGUGAUGAAGAGGCAAAAGUUAGCUUUAAUGAUGUAGCAGGAAAGUGUAUUGUUGUGUGUAGUGAGGAUCUGAAUAAGACAAUAGAGGAGUACACAAGAGGGGGUCAGGAUAGGUUCUACUUCACUGAGGCCUACAACAGUGAUACAAAGGAAUUUGAAGAGCCACCCAGUAGUGCAAGGCAGAAAAAGGGAGGAAAGGGUAAAGGUAAAGGCAAGGGCAAAGGCAAGAAGUCCAACAAGGAAGAGAGUGAUACAAUUGAAGAAGUCUACGAAGGAGAACAUGAGAGGAAGGAUAUCAAACGUCUUAGAACUCUUGAUGUGUUUGCAGGAGUGGGAGGAUUAUCUGAGGGCUUCCACCAGGCAGGUGUUGCAGAAUCACGUUGGGCUAUUGAAGUGUUUGAACCAGCAGCUCAGGCCUUUAGACUGAAUAACCCUGGAUGUACUGUCUUUACAGAUGACUGUAAUGCCCUAUUGGGAAAGGCUAUGCAGGGGGAGAAGACUAAUGAUCGUGGCCAGAAGCUACCUCAGAAAGGAGAUGUAGAACUUCUAUGUGGUGGUCCACCAUGCCAGGGCUUCAGUGGCAUGAACAGGUUCAACUCAAGGGAAUAUUCAAUGUUUAAGAACUCUCUAAUUGCAUCAUAUCUAAGUUUCUGCGACUUCUACCGACCGAAGUAUUUCCUUUUGGAGAAUGUCCGUAACUUUGUCUCAUUCAAACGUAACAUGGUGCUGAAACUGGCCAUGAGAUGUUUGGUCUCCAUGGGAUACCAGUGUACAUUUGGAGUCCUUCAGGCAGGAAAUUAUGGGAUAGCACAGACCCGUAGAAGGGCUAUCAUAUUGGCGGCUGCCCCUGGUGAAAAACUUCCUUAUUACCCAGAACCUCUGCAUACUUUCUCACCCCGAGCCAUGCAACUGAGCGUUAUGAUCGGGGAUAAGAAGUAUCAAGCCAUCAAUCGCAUGACAUCUGCUCCAUACAGGACGACAACGGUUCGGGAUACAAUGUCAGAUCUUCCAGAGAUUCGGAAUGGCGCUAAUAAAUUGGAGAUAUCGUACGGAGGUGAUCCACAGUCUCAUUUCCAAAGAGAGAUUCGAGGCACUCAAUAUCAACCAAUUCUGCGUGACCAUGUAUGCAAAGAUAUGAACCCACUAGUUCACGCAAGAAUGCAGCACAUUCCCAUUGCUCCUGGAUCUGACUGGAGAGAUCUUCCAAACAUAGAAAUACGACUCUCUGAUGGUACCAAGAGUAAAAAAUUGCGCUACACACACAAAGAUAAGAAGAAUGGUAGGUCCCCAAGCGGUGCCUUAAGAGGAGUGUGUUCCUGUGCUGAGGGCAGAGCCUGUGAAGCUGAAUUCCGUCAGUUCAAUACGAUUGUCCCAUGGUGCCUCCCCCAUACAGGAAAUCGCCAUAAUCACUGGGCAGGACUUUAUGGCAGAAUUGAUUGGGACGGUUUCUUCAGUACAACUGUCACCAAUCCUGAGCCAAUGGGGAAACAGGGUCGUGUUUUGCAUCCAGAGCAACAUCGUGUGGUGAGUGUCCGGGAAUGUGCAAGAUCCCAGGGCUUCCCUGAUACUUACAGAUUUUAUGGAAACACUCUUGAGAAACAUAGACAGGUGGGCAAUGCAGUUCCUCCUCCUUUAUCAAAGGCUAUUGGACUUGAGAUUAAGAAAUCCCUUCUACUGAAGCAAAGUGAAGAACCACUAGUAUCAAAUUCUGAACUUUCCUCUGAAAAGGAACAAAAGUUGCCAAAAGAAGAAGCCAUUAAAUUGGAAAUUGUCGAAUCACCAACAAAACCAGGUUCUUCUGGCUUGUCAUGAACACUUGAGACUUGUCAUGAAUACUCGAGGCUUGUCAUGAAUACUCCAGGCUUGUCAUGAAUACUCCAGGCUUUUCAUGAGCACUUGAGUCUCGUCACGACACAGGAAAUUACUUGCAGUUAGAACAUAUCCCCUGAUAGAGACAUGAUAUAUUGAAAUAGUUUGUUGGGGAAAUGUGACAUUAAUAUUGCUUGUGAAUGAGAUACAAAAUGAAUUCUUGAUAAGAAAUGUACUUUUCAAAGAAACAAAUUGAAGAAAAUUCAUUCAAAAAUAAAAAAAGUGUUGUUCUAGAAGUUGAUUAAAGCUCUUUUUCUAUAAAAGCAGUGUCACAUAUAUAUUGCCAUAAACCAUAUUUAUAUUUGUUUUGUCAUGUAUCUUGUUUAUAAAAUAUUUGAGAAUAAAAUGCUAUGUUAUAUACAAUGUAUCAAUGAUAUUUACAGUGACUCCUGUUAAAAGACAACCAUUCUUAUUGUCAAUGUAAAAUACCACAAUUAAUGUAAAUAUUGCUAGAAUUUAGUAUUACCUACAAAAUU